AUGGAGAGUGUGGCGGUGACUUGGAGCAGAGAAGAAGAGAAAGCCUUCGAGAACGCAAUUGCGAUACAUUGCGUUGACGACGAUGUAACAGAGGAUCAAUGGAUGAAAAUGGCGUCAAUGGUUCCAACCAAAUCCUUGGAAGAAGUCAAGCACCAUUACCAGCUCCUCUUCGAAGAUAUCAUGGCGAUCGAGAGUGGACAUGUUCCUCUACCUCAUUAUAAUGACAUCAUCGACGAAGCAGCAGCAAAUUCUCAGGCUAGAAAAGACUGUCCUGCCUCCGGAUCAUCGGAGAAGAAACCAAUUCAUGGAGGUAGCUCCAAUGGAGGAAGAAGUGGUGCCUCCAAAGCUGAGCAAGAGAGGAGAAAAGGGAUUCCAUGGACUGAAGAAGAGCAUCGGUUGUUCCUUUUGGGUUUGGACAAGUUUGGGAAAGGAGAUUGGAGAAGCAUUUCAAGGAACUUUGUCAUCUCAAGAACACCAACUCAAGUGGCAAGUCAUGCUCAAAAGUACUUCAUCAGGCUUAACUCGAUGAACCGAGAUCGGAGAAGGUCUAGCAUUCAUGACAUCACCACUGUGAACAAUCAAGCUCCUGCUGUUACAGGAGGAGGAGGAGGAGGACAGCAGCAAGUGGUCAAACAUAGACCACCAGCUCUGCCACUGCCACAGGCUCUGCCGCAGCAGCAGCAGCAACCACAGCAUCCUGGUGUAACGAUGGGGAUGUAUGGUGGUGCGCCAAUGGGACAACCGAUCAUCGCACCACCUGAUCAUAUGGGAUCAGCUGUUGGAACACCUGUGAUGCUUCCACCUCCAAUGGGAAGUCAUCAUCAUCAUCCUCACCCUCACCAUCAUCUUGGAGUUGGUCCUUAUGCUGUUCCUGCUUAUCCUGUGCCACCGUUACCGCAACAACAUCCAGCUCCAUAG